CGAUUAAUGUCCUGCGUCCAGACGGCCUACCUGCAUAUCUGUCUGUCUAUUCACACACAUAAUCUCCCACACACACACACACACACACACACAGAUGCAACCAGGCCAGUGUAGACCCCAGAUGCGCACACCAACAUCUGCCUACACAUACGACCUCCCAUGGACCAGAGAGAACAGAGAGAACCGUCCCGCUUCUCUCACGGACUCUCCUGAAACCACCACACACAUGUGCAUUACAUCGGCAGGGGCACACGCAUUCACUUACCCUUUUCUCACACUCGGCCGCAGUCACGGCAAUGGAAUGCAGCCGUGCUUGUGCGGUCGAUUUGCCGGACGGGGUCCACAGCGACAUGCCCCUGGUCAUGGAGCGCUUGGGCUUGAGUGUGGGCCGCCGGCUGCCCAGACGGCUCGUCGGCGACGACGGGCUGCCGUGGCCAAAGACGGCGAUCGAGCUCCGCCUGCGUGCUGCAUCGGUGGGCGACUGCCAUACUGAGGGCGACCGCUGGUAGACAGAGCGCCUGGGCUGCUGCUUGGGGCUAGGCAAGUCCUCGGGCAGGAAGUCCAGCAUGUUUUGAAUGUUUGCCGUCUCCUGCUGCUUCUUGGCGAACAGUUCUUUCAGGGUCUUCUCAAAGUCGGUCGAGUCGUCGUCCAACUGACGCGGCAAUUUCUGCACUCACACACAAGGCGCAUAGACGGACGGAUGCACAGCUCCAACUCGGUGAUAUGAUGCCUGCCCACGCACGGACAUUAAGCGCUUCGGUGAGGUCCUUCUGCGCGAACGGGCGGAACUGUUCGGUCAGGUCCUUCACGUCGCUCGUCGCCUGCUUGUAUAUGGUGAAGUCGGCAGCACGGUUCCGGGCCGUCCGAGUCUUGACAGGCGACACAAAUAGGGUCGGAUAAUCUGUCAGCUGACACAGAGAGAGAGAGGGAUGGAGAGGCAGAUACACAUGUAUUUGAGUGAGACACGCUUGACGCCGGCAUCAUGUCUCACGUAUGCACCAACCUUCGCCCAGUCCCUGAUGACUUUCUGUGCCUCAAAGGCGGACACCCUCGGCAGAUCGCCCUCAGAGGUCGAUGUGGCCAGCCCCUGCUGCCGCCUGCACACGUACACACACAUGGGCAGGCCGGCAGGCAUCACCUACAUCACUGCCGGCCAGAUAGACAUCUGUUCACCCACUUCCUGGCUGCCCCGUAGAGAAGCCGCAGUCUGCAAAAAGGGGAGGAAGGGGGGCGAAGAAGAAGACAGCCAUCGUACGAGGAAUGACAACAAUGCAGAGUAAGACGCGGGACGGCCCCGUCAGGUGACUGACCUUCCUUGUGUUGAGAAGAACAUGCGAUCGCUAUACUCCUCCUCCUGGGUGCGAUGUUGUCUUUUGAAGUUGAACUCCAAUGCCUGCAGUCACGCAUUAAUACAUGCAGAACAGCCAUCGAGACGCACUCAGGAUAACGGUAAGGAGCAGUUCUGCUGUUCAAGAAGGCUUACAUUAGCUCUGAGGCGAGGCAGAUACUGAUGCUGCACCGUCCACUCUAGGGAAGGAACAGACAGACAGACAGACAGACAGCAGACGCGUGCACCCUCUCUAAAAGAAGACAACAUCUGGCCACCCCACCCACCAUCCAGCAGGGCCUCUUUCUUCCGAAUCGCCUCUUCAUCUUCGAUCUCCCUGUCCCUCCCCUUGCCCCCCCGUCUCUUGCGAACCCUCAUGAUGCCGCCAUCUGGCCGCUGGGGAGUCUCAGAGUGCGCCGACGAAUCAUAGAUGAGAAACGGAAAAGGCCCCAACGAGUCCAGAAGGGUGCGGGGGUGCGGGGGGAUGCCCUGCUUCGUGAAUGACACGGGUGGCAGGGUGUGGGAAUGACUGCUGGAUACCGAGGCGACUGAGGCCACGCUCGAGUGGCGCUUGCUGCCCGCUGCCGUCCUGAACAACACAGAAGCAGAGGUAUGACGUAUAUCUCGUGAUUAGGAUGGCAUGGCAACAGCUUACGCAGCUCUCCUCGGCAUCAGCAAUGGCGAGUCAGGUCCCCACACAGAGGGCGUCAAGACAUGGCUCUCAACACUGGCCUCCACAAUCGACUGCCCGCGCAUGCGAGCACAACCUCCACCAUCACCGCCAGCUGCAGCAGCAGCCUUUGGUCGCCCCUUCCCCUCACUGCCCGCCGUCUUCUGUCUCGUCUUCGGGCGCUUCUUGCCUCUGGCCGAUCGCGGCGACACAGGCGGUGACAGUCGUGCCUCGGCGCUCAAAUGGUGAAGCAGGAAUCGUUUGCACAGGAAUGAAGCACCUCGCACCUCAUUGCGAGUGGGCGGCCGAGAGGGGGGGUUCUGAGUCCUGCAACGAGCAAGCAGAAUGCGUGAGUCUUGUCCAUCAUUCAACUUGCCACACGCUUACUCGUCUUCGUCUUCUUUCGCCGGAGGGGCGGCUUCAGGUACGUGUGUGACCACCUUUCGUUUGCCACUGUCUGCGAGUGAGCGGGACUUGGGGCGUUUCGGAGGCCCGGGGAAGAAGUCGUCGUCUUCGUCAUCAGCAAUGGGGCGCUUGGGGUAGAAAUCAAACUCGUCCUCUUCCCCCUCUUCCUCCUCUUGCUCCCUCAGGCUGCUGGUCGCCUGAGGCUCGUGCACGAUGACAGCGGGGGUGUUGUCUGCGUCCUCAGCGGCACUCACAGGGCCUUCUUCCGCAUCAUCGGGACGCUCUGUGUCCUCAUCCUCUGCGGGUGAGGCUUCUUCCGGCUGAGCCCCUCCCCCAGUCUCGGACUCGUUGCCAUCCGGGUCAGCACUCAAAGGCUCUUCUGCUUCGAUGGUCUCCUCAGGCACCUCGAGGGCCUGGCAGUGCUCUCUUUUCUCGUCGUGUUCAUCCAUCGGACGCGUGCCCGGCCGAGGCAUCUUG